AUGGGAUCACUUUUGACGAAGCCUUCACGGCGCGACAGUACCAAAGAAUAUGUCGCCAUACCCAACCCUGAGUCUACAAUCCCAGCGGACCUUCACGGCAGGGAGAAACGCAGACGCCUACCGAAAGUUGUCAUAAUGGUAGCUGUUGCCGUUAUUCUGAUACUGCUUGUUCCAGUCUCUUACUUCCUCUUCGCCACAAGCACACGAAGUAACGCAUUCAACCGCACUAGCCUGCACAUCCAGCAUGACGAUAAAGGCACAUUCAUAGCCUGUCCAGAGAACCCAUCAUCGGCGCGGAAAUCGGGCUGUUCUUUCGAUCUCCUCGCCAACGGUUGGAUCCCCGACCUGUGCUUCGACGCAACUAUGCAUCACGACUUCGUUGACGGCAAGGACUACGGUUUCUUUAAGGACCGAAAUGGCGAGCAUCGAGUACACCAAGACACAGUUAUGGAGGGAGAUAAUAGCAGGUAUCCAGAUGGGCUCUGGGUGACGUUUGAAGAACACCUGAAUCAUUGUCGUUACUUGGUCAAUGGAUCGAUCAGAGCCGUCUCGCGACCCCAUGGACCCUUCCUCGACGUUUAUCUGGACCGGGAUCACAUGAUGCACUGUUAUGGAGUUCUUGGAGAAAACCGACCUUCUUCUCAUAUUGAGACUCUGCCAAUCGCCCUAUGUAACUCGUACCAGUAUCACCAGGUACAUGGACUCAUGGCAUUUGCGCCAAUGCCAGAAAACCCAUUCGCUUCUCAGGCGCUCAACGACCUGGAAGUCGUUGAACGAAAACGCAUAUGCGUCACCGAAACCUUUAGUAAGACUGGAUGGAGGUGGAUGAUAUACUGGCGCGCAGGGUUCCAGGCGAUGAUGAAGAUAUCUAAUGUCACCUGGUUCUUCGCGCUCUGGUUAAGUAUUAGAGCCUGUGCAAAGGGCUUAUAUCUGUUUCGCAUCGGUAAUGGGAAGUUUGGUAGCAAGAUCACCAUGCGAGAAUCCAUCCUAAGCACGUUCUUAGCGAUCAUUCGAUCCCAAGCUCAACCCAAAUGGGGACUCUUCUGGCACUCUUACUUCCUGUGCACCGAUGACGUAAACGAUUUCAUUACCGACUAUACCGUGGCAUGGAAACUCCAGAAUCAAUUUGACGUUUGGGAAAUCGUGGUCUUUAUCGAUAACGAUUGUCCCCUUGUAGUUCCUUGCUCAACCGCAGAUGACUGGGAAGACGAAGCCUUGUUGAAGCAUUUACGCAUCUUCUACGACUUGAACCGCGCGGCAGGUGGCAUUUUCGAAUCCUUUGGCGCCAAAUCCAGCCAAAGAAUCGACAUAGUCAAGCUUCAGUCGGGUCUCACAGUAGGCAAGCGUGUUGGUGCACCAUUGGCUUUAGGCAACCAUGGACCUUACAACCGCCAAAUAUGUCAUUUCAAGAGACCAAACGGAGUAGAAGGAAAAGUUUUGAAGACAAGACUCAUUGAGAACCAAGUUCUUGAAUCUACUAAUAACCGCUCCCAUGCUCUGAACAUUGUGCGGACCUGGGACCCGUAUGCUACUAGCAUUCUCGUACUUUUCCCCGUCCUGUUCAGCCUCGUAGUAUCAAUCAUCUGGUCCGUUGUGGGUGCGAUGCUUGGAGCGGGCGCGCAUGCGACAACGCAGACUGGGUUUACUAUCGGAAGCUACGUGGUAACAGCAGGUGCUUUACUCAUUGCUCUGGUUGCGUUCCUUGAUACCAAAGUCAAUGCAAUGGAUGUUGAUCAUCGUAGCAAAGGGCAUGGCUAUACUGAGUAG